AUGAAAGUGAUUGCUGAGUGUGGAUGUCCCAGCAUUGACAGGAAGGUUGUGAACUCAGGAAAGCAUCUAAGAGCUUAUAUGGGCAUUGAUGAAGUAAAUGUGUGUGGCUCUUGCAACUUGAGAGGGAAAUGUGAAAGGGAUUAUGCGCAAACACGAGAAGAGGAAGGUGCUAGAACUAUAGAUGUCAUGCGUAUACUGCUUACUUAUGGGCUUGAUUCCAUUUCUCCUACUGUGGUGAACCGUGCUUGUCAAACCAAGUUUGUUGAAGAUUCUGUGAGGAAGUUGCUGAGAGAAUGCAUGGAGUAUAGCUUACAGGACGUUGAGUAUGCUGAGACUGUGGCAUCUCAAGAUGACCUCCAGCCAAAUUCACUUGAGAAUGAUGAGAGAGACCCGCGGAAAAGGCCUGGGGAUUGGCACUGUACAGAAUGCAAGUUCCUAAACUUUGCGAAAAACAUAAGAUGCUUGCGGUGUGAUAUGUUUUCUGAGGAGAGGCUGCAACAGUUAAAGCAAGAACAGAAAGAUCAUCUCCCACUGAAGAAAAGAGAUUGGAUAUGCCAAACAUGUAAUUUCUUGAAUUUUGCAAAGAACACGAGUUUCUUAAGGUGCAAAGACAAGCCUUCGAUGCGUCAAAUCAAUCCGGGAGAGUGGGAAUGCAAGUCGUGCUAUUACAUCAAUUUUAGAAGAAAAUCUGUGUGUUUGAAGUAUGAUCACAAGAGACAAAAGGCUCCAAACGCCACACCGGAUUCAAAGAGUGUUGGUGAUCAUCACAGCAGAGUUUCAAAGACGUGGAGUUUCGUAGAAGAAGAGGAGGAGGAGGAGGAGGAGGAGGAAGAAGAAGAAGAUGGCGUGAUGGGAUUUCCAGUGGAAGGAGGGAGAAGUAGUGUUUCAAGGAGUGUGGAAAAGAGAGAGCAAUGGAGAUUGGAGAUGACACAGAGGAUGAGAGGCAAUGUUCAAGGAGCUUCUGAAAAGGCACAGCAAAGCGAGAUAGCAACAAAGUCAUUUGGUUGGAGAAGCUGA